AAGUGCCUUGCUCAGGCGGCCGAGCUAGCAAGGCUAGGCUAACUAGCUGGUGUGUAAACAGGGUAGGGAGUUGGGUAGCUGUGUUGCUUUGAUUAGUGUGCUUUUAUUUUCCUUUAUUGGACGCCUAGAGUGAAACAACAACCACAAGCAACACGGUAGGGGAACAACCGAAGCGGCCGCUGUCGGUUAAAACUCGCAACGGCGACGUUUGUAGUGCGGUCGAAAUGUCCUCUUUCUCCGAGGCGGCUCUAGAGAAGAAGCUGUCCGAGCUCAGCAACUCCCAGCAAAGUGUGCAGACGCUGUCGCUGUGGCUCAUCCAUCACAGGAAACACGCCAAGACCAUCGUGGACGUGUGGUUUAACGAACUCGUCAAAGCUCAGGUACCACGCAAGCUGACCUUCGUGUACUUGGCUAACGAUGUCAUCCAGAACAGCAAGAAGAAAGGACCAGAAUUCACGCAGGAUUUUGCGCCGGUCAUCGUCGGCGCGUUCAAACAUGUUCACAGGGACGGAGAGGACGGCUGCAAGAAGCAGCUGGGCCGGGUGUUGUCCAUCUGGCAGGAGAGAGCCGUGUACGACAGCGACCUGCUGGACCAGCUCUCACAAGUCCUCUACGGCGACAAGAAGGCCAAGAAGAGACCCUACGAGUCCAUCCAAGCCUCAGAGGACCACUUUGCCUCCAGGAGUUCCCCAGGGGAGCCCCCACAGGUCCUGGUCCUGACGACGUCCGAGUUGAUCCGAGCCCUCCAGGAGCUGGAGAACGCCACCUCGGGAGACUCGCUGUUGCGUCAGCGCAUCUCUUCGCUUCCCGCCGAGGUGCAGGACACGUCCUUGCUUCACAGGAUCACAGAUAAGGAGUCGGGGGAGCGCAUCUCGCGGCUGGUUGACGACGCCUGCAUGCUGCUGGCCGACUACAGCGGCCGCCUGGCGGCGGAUAUCGACGACCGGCGGCAGCUGACGCGCACGCUCAGCAGCUUCCUGCAAAGCCAGAAGGACGGCCUGGUCCAGAACGAGCAGAAACUUGAAGAACUGGGAGACUAGUCAGGACAGAGGGAAAGAUGAAUGCAGCCAUGUACAGAGACAUCCUGGAUGAAAACCAAUGCUUCCCAUCCAACCUGAUGGAGCUUGAGAGGUGCUGCGAAGAGGAAAGGGCCACACUGCUCAAAGAUAGGUGUGCCAAGCUUGGGGCAUCGUAUCCAAAAAGACUCGAGGCUGUAACUGCUGCCAAGGGUGCAUCAACAAGGGUUAGGGUUUUUGAAAAACACCUUUUCGCAUUGUCAUUACGGGGUAAUUGUGUGUAGAAUUUUGAGGACCAAAAUGAAUGUAUUCUAUGAUGAAAUAAGGCUGUAGCAUAACAAACAUUGCUGUGAAUGAUACACUAACACACAGGUCAUUUCCAACUGUUGUCUUCUCACACACACCUGCUGGAGUUUGGAGCUGAUUGCAGGUUUGUUGUCCACGCGGCAGGAGAACCACGUCCCUCUUGCCACUUUGGAAUGGAAAAAAAAAAAGACUAUU